GGCGUGGAAGUUUUCCCCCCGAGCCGACCGGCGCGGAGCCGUCGGCAGGUAACAGUCUUCGUGCGUGAAUGAAAACUGUAGAAACAUCGCCGGAAGGGGGGGGUGAAAACGUUGCUAUCACCCAGUCGGGAUGUGGAUCACCAUCAAAGUGUGCUUCUCCCAUUGAGCGAGGCAUCCACCGUAGGCUAGACCCUUCAGGAGUAAGAGAGCCUGUAUUUACUCCAGGGAUUACAUUACCACACCAGAGGCCUGCCAGACAGACCCACGGACAGACACGCUGCUUCACCACCCAAGGUCCCGCUGCCCGCUCCUGGUGGCGGUGCCCAGUCAGCGGCUCCAGUGUUAAUAUGUAAACGGUACGAUGAUUGAAGACUGAAGGCAGUUUCCCCGGCUGUGCCCUGAACCCGGGCCGCGCGCCAUUGGCCGCCAGCUUCGGCAGCCAAACAACCAAUGGGAGGGCGCCGACCACGAGCCGUCCUCCCUCGGGCCGCGUGUCUCUCGCCCUGAUUGGUGGAAAGUUACUGUGGGAAAGAAAGUUUGGGAAGUUUCACACGAGCCGUUCGCGUGCAGUGCUAGAUAUAAAUACAAGCCACACGCGGAGAGCCCAACAGAGAGACUCUGCAUCCGCUCAUGACAGACGCUGCCGCUGCGCACCGCUCUGACGGAUUCUAACUUGGUACACAUCUCAGGAUUUUUUUUUUUUUCUUUUUCCUUUUUGCGGGAGAGGGGACUUUUGAAUAUCUUGCGCUGAAAAUAUUCAUCGUCCUUCUUCCUGCAUCCUGCAUCAGUGGACCGUAAUUUGCUGUGGGGUGUUUUUGGUUUUUUUUUUUUAAAUUUUGUGGGAUAUUUCCGAUAAAAAGAUGCCCGCCGACAUGAUGGAAAAAACCUCCUCCUCCCCGGUCGCUGCAACCCCGGCAAGCAUGAACACAACUCCCGAUAAACCCAAGACAGCCUCCGAGCACAGAAAGUCAUCCAAGCCAAUUAUGGAAAAGAGGAGAAGAGCCAGAAUCAACGAGAGCUUGGGGCAGCUGAAAACUCUCAUCCUGGAUGCGCUCAAAAAAGAUAGCUCCAGACACUCGAAGCUGGAGAAGGCGGACAUCCUGGAGAUGACGGUGAAGCAUCUCCGGAACCUCCAGAGGGCUCAGAUGACCGCUGCCCUCAACACAGACCCCACGGUCUUGGGAAAAUACCGUGCCGGUUUCAGCGAGUGCAUGAAUGAAGUCACCCGGUUCCUGUCCACCUGCGAAGGUGUCAACACCGAGGUCAGGACGCGGCUGCUCGGUCACCUGGCCAACUGCAUGACCCAGAUUAACGCCAUGAACUAUCCCAGCCAGCAUCAGCACCAGCACCAGCUCCCCUCCACCGCCGGGCCAACACACCCCUCGUUCGGCCAGUCCAUGGUGCAGAUCCCCAGCUCGUCCCCGCAGGUCCUGCCCAUGAACGCAGUCUCCUGUAAAGGGGGCUCCUCGCCGGCGAGUUUACCCUCAGACGCCACCAAAGUGUACGGCGGUUUCCAGAUCGUGCCUGCCACAGAUGGACAGUUUGCAUUCCUCAUACCCAACGCGGCGUUUGCGCCAAAUGGCCCCGUUAUCCCAGUGUACGCCAACAACGUCAGCACGCCAGUCCCUGUGCCGGCUGCGGUUUCCCCAGGAGCCCCGUCAGGCAACACGGACUCAGUGUGGCGACCCUGGUGAAAAGUGGAAAAGGACCAUAAAGACUUUAAAAUGACACUUAAUAGUUCUGUCUUUGCUCAAUGUUAGAAAAGUCUUUUUGAAUCUGUUUUUUUUUCUUGUAAAUGGAAAGAGUAUGCACUAUAUUUGUACAGUUAACAAGGGAGUAAAGUUCAUAUUGAAACGAGAUUUGUAUUGUGGAAGUCCGUUCACUGCAUUUUUAUAUAUUUGAGUUGUCUUUUUUACUGUGUGAUGCCAAAGAUAUGUUCAAUGCUCUUACGCUGUUCUUCGUUUUGGAAGACAAAUACAUUUGUAAAGAUAUUAAAAAACAAAAACAACA